CCAGGCGAUGGCAGGAUGGAGGGGACGGUGACAGAGCCGGUGGCGGAGCCGGUGCCGGUGGCAGAGGAGGAAGAAGAAGAAGAUGAGGAGGAGGAUGAUGAAGAUGAAGGUGACCUGGCGGGGCGGUUCCUGCGGCUGGAGCGGGAGCAGGAGGCGCUGCUGCGGGCGCUGCCCCCCUUCGGGGACCCCGUCAGCCACGUCUACCGGCCCCUGGACUACGCCUGGGAGCCCCACUGCGACUUCGUGCGCCGCUACUGCCGCACCCCGAAACGCGUCCUCUUCCUCGGCAUGAACCCCGGCCCCUUCGGCAUGGCCCAGACCGGGGUACGGCACCGGGAGGGGGAAACUGAGGCACGGACGGGGCUGGGGCAGUGUGUGUGCCCCCCAUGGAGCCACAGGGGGGGAAACUGAGGCACAAGGGUGCUUUGGGGUGCUUUGGGGGCAUCACUAUGGGGUCUCAGGUGAGGGAAACUGAGGCACAGAUGGGGUUGAGAGUGGUUUUAGGGUGGCUGGGGCUGGGGCACAGCGUGUGUGCCCCCCCUGGAACCACAGAGGGGGAAACUGAGGCACAAGGGUGCUUUGGGGUGCUUUGGGGGCGUCCCUGUCCAUCCCUGUGGGGUCUCAGGUGAGGGAAACUGAGGCAUGGAUGGGGCUGGGGCACAGCGUGUGCCCCCCCUGGAACCACAGGAGGGGAAACUGAGGCACAAAGGUGCUUGUUGGGGGCUUUGGGGCGUCCCUGUCCAUCCCUAUGGGGUCUCAGGUGAGGGAAACAG